AUGUCCAGUCCCGAUGCCAACGAGGUGUUGUUCGCAUACAUCGCAGUAGCCUCUCAUGUGGUGAGCUUAGUGCUAAUCCGAGAAGACAACGGCACGCAGCGACCCAUGUAUUACGUGAGCAAAUCGCUGCAGGAGGCAGAGACCCGGUAUCUCCCCCUUGAAAAAGUUAUCUUGGCCGUCGUACAAGCCACGCGGAAGCUCCCCCACUAUUUUCAGGCACAUACAGUAGUUGUGCUAACUCAACUUCCGCUGAAAUCCGUCCUCCGCAGCGCCGACUACACAGGUAGAAUUGCUAAGUGGGGAACAAUCCUGGGUGCCUUCGACAUUAGAUACAUGCCUCGCACCGCCAUAAAAGGUCGGGUCCUCGCUGAUCUAGUAGCUGAAUUUGCGGAGCCCACCCUAGAAGGAAUGGAGAUGUCAGGAUCACCAAGCACUGAUGAGAAACUAAUCAGCACAGUCUCUCAGCAUGAACAUAAUUGGUGGAAAGCACACAUCGACGGUGCAGCGAACCAAAGGGGCUCAAGGGUGGGGCUCGUUCUAAUCUCUCCUGAAGGGAUAACCAUAGAAAAGUCGUUAAGGCUCGGAUUCUCUGCCACAAAUAACGAAGCCGAGUAUGAGGCGCUGUUGGAGGGGAUGUCAAUGACACGGAAAUUGGGUGGAAAGUGCGUAAGUAUAUUUUCGGAUUCGAGACUCAUCGUGGGACAAGUGAACGGGGAAUUGGAGGCGAAAGAUGAAAGAAUGCAAGAGUACCUCGCCCGGGCUAAACACCUGCAGACCCAUUUCUACCACUUCCGCUUAACGCAUAUACCUAGGAGUGGGAACACCCAUGCUGAUUCCCUCGCAACGCUGGCCACCUCCUCGGCUCAGCCCCUUCCGCGGGUUAUUUUAGUUGAAGAUCUCUGCCACCCAACAACAGAGAAGGCCAACGGAAUUCGAGUACACAACGUCAGGGUAGGACCUAGCUGGAUGGACCCUCUGGUGCUGUUCUUAAAGCACGACACCUUACCGGACGAUAAGGUUGAGGCUGACAAAAUCAGGAGGAAAGCUUCUCGAUUCUGGCUGUCCGAGGACUCCAAACUUUACAGACGCUCGUUCUCGGGGCCAUACUUGCUGUGUGUGCACCUAGGGGCUACAGAACUCAUCCUGAAGGAGUUACAUGAAGGGAUUUAUGGAAACCAUACGGGGGGCAGGUCUCUCUUCCACAGGGCCAUGACGCUGGGUUACUGGUGGUCGAGCAUGCAUAAAGAAGCUCUGGAAUAUGUGAAGAAGUGCGACCAAUGCCAAAGGUUCGCCCCGAACAUACAUCAGCCGGGCGUAGAACUUAACCCGUUGUCCAGCCCUUGGCCAUUCGCACAAUGGGGCCUAGACAUACUAGGGUCGUUCCCCAAAGCGGCUGGGAACAAGAAAUUUCUUCUCGUCGGCACCGAUUACUUCACAAAGUGGGUCGAAACUAAGGCGCUGGCAAACAUCAGAGACGUCGAUGUCAAGAAAUUUGUUUGGAAAAAUAUUAUCACUAGGUUCGGGACCCCGCACACCCUGAUCUCGGACAAUGGCCUCCAGUUUGACAGCAAAGCCUUUAGGGAAUACUGCAAUGAGCUGGGAAUUAUCAAUCGAUACUCCACACCGGCCUACCCACAAGGUAAUGGAUAG